AUGAAGCGGUUACGGCUGUCAAAACGGAGCUGCAAGCUUCUACUGCAAGCUCACUCAGGAGCUUCCUCGUCUGCGCCGAUAGCCAUCGCCGGCAGACAACCGGUCCUCCCGUCUCUGCGAUGCCAAUCAUCUGCUGCCAUUGCGCACAAUCACCCGGCCGAGCACCUUGUCCAAGGACACACCACCCGCGCCGCCCCUUCACCUCCUCACCAACGAAGCCUCCAGUCGGCCAAGCUGGCUGCCCUGCAUGCCCGACUGGCGCUCUCCGCCAAGAUCCCGCUACAGACUCUCGCCCGAACGCUGAUCACGCCCUCGGCCGAUGCCAAUGGCAGCUUUAACAAUUCGAAUUUGGCGUUCCUGGGAAGCACCAUUAUAAACUACCACGUGCUCGAGUACCUCGUGUGUAAGUGGCCUCGUCUACCGAUGGCCAUCCUGUACGAGGCGCUCAGGGCAUACUCUGGGCAAGAGUCGCUGCAGCAGGUCGCAAGGAGAUGGGGGGCCGAGGCCGCUGCCGCACCCGGGGACGAGGUCGAUCCGGGGUUGUUGCAGUGGAAGCCCGACGGGGAGCAGUUGGUCAGCACGCGAUGGGGAUAUGUCCGCUCCGACGUGGCGAAAAACAGCUCGUACAGACGCGGCAUGAGCAGCCGCGUCGUCUUGGACGACGCCUUUGGCGAUGCGUUGAGCAAGCCCGAGAAUGCCGGCCUGCAGGACAUCGACGUCCUGCAGAGCGACGCGUUUGCAUCUUUUGUCCACGCUGUCGUGGGAUCCAUCUAUGCCCACUGCGGUCGGGAAGCCGCCAAGUCCUUCGUCACAUCCCACAUUCUGUCGAGACAGUUUGAUCCUUCGACGCUGUUCGAGUUUCAGCUCCCCACGCGAGAGUUGGCCAUGCUCUGCGCGCGGGAAGGUUUCGAGCCUCCUGUUGCCCGAUUGGAGAGUGAAACCGGUCGGUUAUCAAGGACACCCGUUUUCGUGGUCGGCAUUUACAGCGGCAAAGAGAAGCUGGGAGAGGGCGCUGGUCCUAGCUUGGAUAUUGCUAGACGGAAGGCCUCCAUGAACUCUCUCAAGGCGUGGUACCUGUACAGCCCGGGGAACAAGGUCCGCGUCCCGAGUGACAUGAUGGAGGAGGGCGCCAAGCCCUGGAAGGCGCCGCACAUUGACGUUGGUGAAAUCAUCUAA